AAGGGGAAAAUAAAAACAAGAGAAAAGAAACGGAAGAAAAUCCAUCUCACAAGAUUCGAGGAACGAGCUUAAUAGCCAAUCGGAGACCGCUAUUUGUAACAGUAUUUGUCCCAUUUCAAGCCACUUGCCAAACAACCCCUUAACCGUCCUCGUCUGCGCCUCUGCAACAAACAGGUUCAUCUCUUUCUUGCAUUGCAUGUGCCAUUUAAUUGGAUCUGAUUCUUAGUAUCUGUUAUUAUCGCUUCGACAUAUAAUCUAAGCUAACUUUGUACAAUCAUUAAUUGAUCCUCAGUUACAAAUAUAACAACCACCACCCACCCAAUCAUUAACUCAUGCCUUCCCUCCCUCUGCAACUUUAUAAACACCAAAACUUUAACAAGAACCGAGACAUCAAAAUGGAAGCCAAUCCCUAGAUUCCUCGAUUCUCUAACUAUAUCCUUUCUCUAUCCUUUACACGCCAUCGCCUCUAUAUAAGCUUAUUCUGCCAACUUCCAAUUUCGCAAUUCCAGGCCCUAGGGUUCCAAUUUCUAUUGCAGCUCUAGGGUUUGGUAUUAGGGAUGGAUUUUCAAUUGGUAAAAAUGGGCAUGAAUUUAUCCCAGAGAAGAAAGAAAUGGCUCAUUUGUCUUGCCCUGUUUGGUGUCUCUGGUUACGGAGCUUAUAAAGUAUACAAUUUCCCUUCCGUGGUCAAGAAAAGGAGGAGAUUGAUGAGGCUUAUUCGAGCCCUAAUUUCUAUUGCUGAACUGGUGUCCGAAUCUGCUGAUACGAUUGGCAUUGUUUCCAGGGACUUAAACGUGUUUCUGCGGUCCGAUUCUGAUGAAAUCCCAAAUAGCUUGAAGCAACUUUCUAAGAUCGCUAAAUCAGAUGAGUUUUCUGAGUCGUUGACUAGGGUUUCUCAGGCUUUGACGAUUGGGAUUAGCAGAGGGUGUAAAUUGGAGUCAAAUGCUAAUCAAUCGGCUUCAGGUUCAACGAAUUCGGAUUUUACUGAUAAGGUGAUGGAUAAGUUGUUCUCUAAUGCAGGGACUGGAUUUGUUUCUGUUGUUGUAGGUAGUUUUGCGAGGAGUUUGGUUUUGGGGUUUUAUUCUGUUGCUGGCGCUGGUGUAGAUCAAAAUAGGUCGAGCUUCUCUGAUGUGUCUAAAUGGGUUAAUGUGGUUUGUGAUGAUUGUUGUAAGGAGCUUAUAGCUGAUUGUAUUCAGAAGUUUGUGAGCACUGCAGUUGCUGUUUAUCUCGAUAAAACAAUGGAUAUCAACACUUAUGAUGAAUUGUUCUCUGGUUUGACCAAUCCGAAGCAUCAAAGCAAUGUGACGGACGUUCUGGUUUCUCUCUGUAAUGGUGCUGUAGAAACGCUUGUUAAAACAUCUCAUCAAGUGUUGACAAGUUCGAAUUUGAAAAAUCCAAAUUCAAAUUCCAGCACUUCGUGUUCUGUAAUUGAGCAGGAAGGCUCGUGUGCAACCAGAGAUGAUUCUCUUGUGCAAGAAGUAUGUUUGAAAGAUGGAAACUCACUUGAUGGGGUUCAAAAUGGUGGAUGGGUUGGUAAGGUUUCAUCUGCAUUGUCUGUGCCGAGCAAUAGGAAGUUUGUACUAGAUGUAACUGGGAGGGUGACUUUUGAAACAAUAAGGUCUGUGAUAGAGGUGUUAUUGUGGAAGAUAUCAGAUGGUUUGAAAAGAAGUCUUAACGUGGUUCAUGAAGAGGUUGUGGACAGGGGACUUGAAGUUAUUAGAUAUUUUGGGGCAAAGUCAUCUGUUCUUGUUACUCUAUGUCUCGCCUUGUAUUUUUAUGUUCUAGGUGGCAGUAGGGUUCUCUUAGCUGCAUAAAUUGAUGGUCCUGUCCUCGCUCACAAACCAGUUCUAGUCAUCCAAAUAGGGAUGUUUUGCUUGUAUAUCUUUUUACCUUAAUGCAAUAUUGAGCUCAGUAUCUAGUUUUGAUGGUUAGGCUGAGUUUAGCUUCAGU